AUGACGACCAAAUCCGCCCUCUACCCUGGCGAAACCCUCGACACAAUCGCGGGGUACCCCACAAUCUAUAACUACCAACCCAGCACCCAACCAACCACCAAACCGCUGAUAGUGUGCAUCCCCGGCGGUGUUCACCUAGCCCGGAUCUACUAUGGCGGUCACAGCAACUCUUCACCCCAAGACUUCCUUGCCCACCACCUAAACAACCAUGGCUUCAACGUCCUAUCACUUUCCUACCCCCUCGAAUCAACUCCGUCAAUCAUGCCUCCCACAGCGCCAAACUUCAGCAUAAGCGACUGGGGCCGCCAAGCCGCGACAGCAGCUAAAAAAAUCAUCUCUGAGCACGCUCUCCCGCUGUCUGUCGUCUUGAUCGGGUGGAGCAUGGGGGGCCGGAUUCUUGUCCCUUUUACUGUUUCCGCGAAGGAACUCGGUUUAUCUGUGGAGCAAUUUAUCAGCUUCGCAGCCACGCCUGGGAUUUCGGGUAUUCGACCCAAUCUGUAUGUGCAGCCUACGCUUGGUGAGGUGGGGUGUACAAGGAAGGGUUAUAUGCUUAUUCCGGAGCGAUUGGGGAAUUUCGCGCAGCAGAUUUCUGAGAUGGAGGGGGUGAAUGGCGGGGGAAUUAUUUCUAAAGAUGUUUAUUUGGAGGAGUAUGUGGGUGGGACUCCGAUUAGGCUUAUGGGGUUGAGGUUGAGGUUAAAUGGGGAUGGACGGUCUUUUGUGCUGGAUGAGGUCACGCAUGAGGAGGAUUCGAGGGUUUGGGAUUUUGCGAAUUGUCCGCUUGUUUCGGCGCUGUGUCCUACUGGGGCUAUGGAUGCUAGUCAUGCGAUGGCGGAUAUAGCGACUUGGGGAUUUAUUCUUACUUAUCAGUUGGAGGGGCUUGUUGGAAAGCAAGGGUUGGCGAAGGUGAAGGAGACGGGGAAAUGGGAGAAGUUGUUAGGGUUUGUUCGUGAUGCGCCGAGGAGGCUGUGCUGGUCUGUGGAGGGGAAUCAUUUCUUCUUUGUUGGAGAAAAGGCAGCUGGGGAGGUCGCUGAUAAAGUGAGUAAGCUUAUUGAUGAGGCAGCGAUGUUUAGGAGGGAGCUUGAUGAGAUAUUGUCAUAG